AUGUACUGGGUAUACUUCGUGAUGGCGAGAACUGAUGCCUCAGGCUCCCAUCGCUGUAUCGAUAAGACUCCAGUUAAGAAACCCCGCCCUUUUCCAUCGCAUCACAGCAAUUCUCGACUUCAUACUCACACACAUAAAAUGACGGCGCCAAAUCCUUCCAAUGGCCAGCCGGUCAAUGUUUUAUUUGUCUGUCUCGGCAAUAUUUGCCGUUCUCCCAUGGCAGAAGGCGUUUUUCGCAAUAUUGCCGCCAACCAUCCCCUGAUCAAUAACAUUGAUUCUGCUGGUACAGGAGCCUACCAUGCCGGUGAGCCGUCAGACUCACGAACCAUGUCUACCCUCCGCCGCCACAACAUCAGAAACUACCACCAUCUCGCCCGCAAGGUCACACUGGAGGAUUUCCUCAACUUCGACUACCUCUUCGCCAUGGAUGAAUAUAACUUGGAAGACUUGCUGGAGUUGCGCGCGUCUGUUUUGUCGUCGUCGAGCCAGUCCGCGGGACGGGCGGCUCGCGGCAAAGGAACUAGAGCGGCGACGACCGCUUCGAUCGCUGCAAGCGUCGAAGCUGGUGCUAAAGUUGCGGAAGUGCGCCUGUUUGGUGAUUAUGGUCCAGGAGGGACACUACAUGAACGUGUUGGUGGCGGAGAAGUGGUGCAGGAUCCAUAUUAUGGCGGGGCAAAUGGCUUCGAGGAGGUCUACCAGCAGGUGGUGCGGUUCUCGACUAAUUUCCUGCAGUACUUGGAGAAGAAGAAUCAGAAUUAG